GCCUGCCCUUGAAAAGCGCCAAGGACUAACUCAAGAAGUACCCAAGCUUGCUAAGGUACCUCUCAGUGUUAGCAACUCGCAAACACAUCAUUGCGUCACAGACUCGAGCGCUUGCAUGUAGGCCACGGCGCUACCUACCAUCAUCGUGAUCCAACACUCGUUUUCUCACUGUUUACGUUACUUCUUUUCAGGUUGAGCAACUUUUAACAAUCCUUCCUACCCAACGUCCAAUCCAUGCACUAGACUUGGUUGCACUUUUGAGCGUCGGCCGCGUCACCAAGAUUCUCGCUGUCAAACAAACGCUCCCUUCGGUUCGAUCGACUUUCAACAUUAAUCGGCAUUGCCUCCAAGAAAUAAGCUCGCGAGCUUUGAUAACCUACGUCGCGACCAACCGGUUUAUGUACGGAUGGGAAAAACCAACAAUUUCUUCACCCAACUAAGACCGCUCCGUAACUUUCUCAUACUGUCUCGACUUAAAUAACCCGACGCGCAGCCCUAUCUGCCGUCUUAUUCAGCAACCAAGAUGGCACCCUAUCUUCAGACCAGCUUGAUCUGGAUUGCAUACGCCGUAGCUGUCGGCCUGGCGCUCUUCGCUGCCAUCGUCACCACCUUCACAUGGCAGAAGCCACGCGAACGAUCUGCAGUUGUCAAUACAGUUGCAGUGGUCAGCUUGACAUCUCUACUGGCCACCGUUCUGCUCCUUCCUGUCGAUAUCGCGCUCGUAUCCUCGACCGGCUCCGUGCACCUCGGUGUCAACAAAGAAUGGGCAACGCCAGAGCACGUGGCUGGAAUGCUACGCACUCUCCAGAUUGUGUAUUAUUCGCUCUAUAGCCUUGACGCCCUGCUUUGUCUAAUCGUUAUCCCCUUCGCGUAUUUCUGGUACGAGGAAUAUGACGAAGUCGAGGAGGAGGAAGGGACUCGCAGCACCGGGGCCAAGCUCUGGGGGGCUUUCAAGUAUACUUCGGGCUUCAUAAUCCUGGUGCUCAUUCUCUUUUUCGUGGGCUUCUUUGUACCAGCCGCCGGCAAUCAGAAAGGUGGACACUUGGAUCUGGACUAUUUCAAGCGGCUGCUGGCUGCGAACAAGGGAGAGAAGGCUUUGACCUUUGCCGUUGGCUUGCUCGUGUGCCUGGGUACUUUGCUCUAUGUUCUGUACACCAGCUCAGGCCUGGCCUUGCUGCCAAUCUCAUUCAUCAAAUCCGCGCCAUCCAUCUCGGCACCGCAGUUGUCCGAAACUACAGCUUCUGCCCUUGAGAGAAAUCGCGAGCGUCAGCGGCAGCUUGAACUUCGCAAUGGAGGGAACCACGAUGAAAUGCCCAGCAAGGACAGGCGCGAGCUUGAAUCUCUGGUGCGAGAGGAACGCACUCUUGUGCGCCGUGCGCGACUGGCCGCGGAGGCUCAGGGUGAGGGGCGCAGUUGGGUGUAUAGGACAUGGACCAAGAUCUGCGCCGUCUUUCGACCUCUAAAGUUGGUCGGCGGUAUCCUUCUGCUGCUCGUCUCGGUCAUUGUUUGGGUGUCGAUGCUUAUCACGACAAUCGACAAGGCUUCCAACUCGCUCUGUAAAGGUCACUGUGGUUACAUCCUCGGGCAGAUCAAGAUCUUCCAGCCUGUCAACUGGCUCUUCCUCCAGGCAGCGAAGGCGUUCCCUGUGGAUUAUAUCAUCAUGGCAUUUUUGGUGCUCUUCUUUUUCAGCAGCUCCAUCUCAGGCCUUGCAACAGUCGGCAUUCGAUUCCUCUGGGUCCAAAUCUUCCAGAUCAGGCGUGGUAGGACAGCGCCGCAGGCCAUCCUAAUUGCUACGGUUAUGAUGGCCCUCAUAAUACUGGGCAUCAACUACUCCAUUGCGAUGAUGGCUGCCCCUCAGUACUCGAUCUAUGGCACGCAGACUUUCUGCACCGCAGAGCCAACCGCUCACGGCAAGCAGCCCGACUGCUCGGAGCACCCAGAGAUGGUAAGGCCGUGCUCUGAGGGGUUCAAGCAACCUCUGGCCAAGGAUAUCUGCACACCAUCGGUCAUGUCGACCUUCCUCAACCGUGUCACGCUGAACUGGCCGGUUUUUGGUGCCGUUGACUUUUGGGCGCAGGUUGCUUUCCUGGCAGUCUUCCUCAUUGUUCUUGUCACCUCGCUAUUCCGGACGCCUAAGCUCAACAUGAGCGAGUUGGACGAGGAGGCUGAGGCCGACGAGGAGGAGGGUCUGCUUGCAAGCACUGGUCGGAGGUUCGGUGCGACAUGGCAGGACAUCACUGGCAGGUCUGGCCAGGCCUCAAACCAGGAAAAUGGUGAUAACUAGUCAAACACCUGAAGUGAUCUUGAGGGAUUUUCUACUCAUACCAUCAGGAAAUUUUAAACGUGGGAUUGAGUCGCGAAGCACGGCAAGACUGUAUGACAUUUUGGAAUGUGACUUGAUGGAUAUUGCUCUUUCUCUUAUGAUUUCCACCAGCGUCUUUCCCCUAUUAAUAAUCUGUUCAUUGGAGGAGUAGAGGAUGGUACUCCGAUAACGCCUCUCAAUACCCCUGUCAGUUCUUAAGUUUUCUGUUUUGGCAUUCAAGGAAAGGCUGGGAAACGGGGCGUACAGAACCAGGAUUUUUUCAUUUAGCAAAUGUAUUCUCGAUGCUGGGUUUAGGGAUGGGAGCCAUCCUCUUGUGUAAAUUUUAUUGGCUAUUUUUUUUUGCGCGCAAUGAAAUUGAUUUGUGAUGGUAAACAAGUCAUAAACAGCUAGGCCGCAGG